GGGUGGUGGGGAGUACGGUGGCCGCGGAGGGUCAGAAUUGGUGCUUGUGAAGCGGCAGGAGCGGGAGCGGCCGAAGGGACCGGCCUGGCGAUCUGCUUCGUCCCCGGCUGCUGCGCCUGGCGGAGUUGGCCAUGUCGCUGCUGCAGUCGGCGCUGGAGUUCCUGGCUGGGCCCGGCUCCUUGGGGGCCGCCAGCCGGGACCAGAACGACUUCGUGGGGCAGGUGGUGGAGAUGGGCGAGAUGAAGCUGCGGAUCAAGAAGGUCAUCGCCGAAGGUGGCUUUGCUUUUGUAUAUGAAGCUCAGGAUGUUGGAAGUGGCAAAGAUUAUGCUUUAAAGAGAUUAUUAUCAAAUGAAGAAGAAAAGAACAAAGCCAUCAUUCAAGAAGUUUGUUUUAUGAAAAAGCUAUCUGGUCACCCGAACGUUGUCCAGUUCUGUUCUGCUGCAUCGAUUGGAAAAGAGGAAUCUGAUACUGGGCAAGGGGAGUUUCUUCUGCUAACCGAGCUUUGCAGAGGGCAAGUGGUGGAAUUUUUGAAGAAAGCUGAAUCCAAAGGGCCCCUCUCGUGCGAUACGGUGUUGAAGAUCUUUUAUCAGACCUGCCGUGCAGUGCAACACAUGCAUAAGCAGAAACCUCCUAUUAUUCAUAGAGAUUUAAAGAUAGAAAAUAUGCUGAUGAGUAACCAAGGAACAAUUAAAUUGUGUGACUUUGGCAGUGCAACAACCAUAGCACAUUACCCUGACUACAACUGGUCCGCACAGAAAAGAGCAGCAGUUGAAGAGGAGAUCACUAGGAACACAACACCAAUGUAUAGGACUCCUGAAAUAAUAGAUCUAUAUUCAAACUUUCCAAUUGAUGAAAAACAGGAUAUUUGGGCAUUGGGUUGCAUCCUCUAUCUGUUGUGCUUCAGGCAACAUCCAUUUGAAGAUGGAGCUAAGCUUCGAAUAGUCAAUGGAAAAUAUGCAAUUCCACAGAAUGACACAAGAUACACAGUGUUUCACGAUCUCAUUCAAUGGAGUCUGAAAGUGAAUCCGGAAGAGAGGCUGUCCAUCACGGAGAUUGUGAAUCAAUUGCAGGAGAUCGCAGCUGCUAGAAAUGUGAACCCCAAGUCCCCCAUCACAGAGCUCCUUGAACAAAAUGGAGGCUAUGGAAAUAAUGCUCCGCCCAGGACAUCUUCAGCUGUAGUAACACAGAAGCCAGCAGGACAGCUCAACAACAUGUACAAUGCAGGUCUGACAGUAGCCGAAUGUGACCAGACUUACAGCGGAUUCUUUGAUAUUCUUAGGGGCGGGACGGAGAGGUUUCUCACAAAUAUCAAGGACACAUCUUCGAAAGUUAUUCAGUCUGUGGCCAAUUAUGCCAAGGGGGAUCUGGAUUUAUCAUACAUCACUUCCAGAAUUGCUGUGAUGUCCUUUCCAGCAGAAGGUGUGGAGUCUGCAAUAAAAAAUAACAUAGAAGACGUGCGCUUGUUCUUAGACUCGAAACAUCCCGGACGCUAUGCUGUCUACAAUCUGUCUCCGAGAACGUACAGACCCUCCAGAUUUCACAAUAGGGUGUCCGAAUGUGGCUGGCCAGCAAGGCGUUCGCCAAAUCUUCAAAACCUUUAUAGCAUUUGCAAGAACAUGCAUUUGUGGCUGAAGCAAGACCCAAAGAACGUUUGCAUAGUGCACUGCCUUGAUGGAAGAGCAGCGUCAGCUGUUGUUGUGUGUUCUUUCUUAUGUUUCUGCCGUCUGUUCACUACGGCUGAAGCUGCUGUUUAUAUGUUUAGCAUGAAGCGCUGCCCGCCAGGCAUUUGGCCAUCCCAUAAGAGGUAUAUAGAGUACAUGUGCGACAUGAUGGCUGAAGAGCCCAUCAUCCCUCACAGCAAGCUAAUCCUCAUCAAGUCUAUUGUCAUGACUCCAGUCCCUCAGUUCAACAAGCAGCGCAAUGGCUGCAGGCCUUUCUGUGAAGUUUAUGUCGGGGACGAAAGAGUAGCCACUACCUCACAAGAAUAUGAUAAAAUGAAGGAUUUUAAGAUGGAAGAUGGCAAAGCUUUGAUCCCGUUAGGCAUAACAGUCCAAGGAGAUGUUCUCAUUGUUAUCUAUCAUGCCAGGUCCACGUUGGGUGGCAGACUCCAAGCCAAGAUGGCAUCAAUGAAGAUGUUCCAGAUCCAGUUUCAUACAGGAUUUGUCCCACGGAAUGCCACUACUGUGAAAUUUGCGAAGUACGAUCUGGAUGCAUGUGACAUUCAAGAGAAAUAUCCGGACUUAUUCCAAGUGAAUCUGGAAGUUGAAGUAGAGCCUCGGGACAGGCCCAGCACUGAGCGAGCCCCCUGGGAUAACUUGAACACCAAGGGUCUAAAUCCCAAGAUCCUUUUCUCCAGCCGAGAAGAGCAGCAAGAAAUAUUAACAAAAUUUGGUAAGCCCGAGCUACCUAGACAACCGGGGUCAACUGCCCAGUAUGAAGCAGAAGCCUCCAAGUCAGAAUCAUCUCCAGAAGGUGAUCCCAUGGAGUCGGACUCCCCACCGAGCGGCAGUGCGGAGGCAGAUUUCUUCCACACACUGGACUGGCAAGAAGGCAAAAGUUCCGAAGCGGCGCCUGAGGGACCCUUUCCCAAAGAGAGACCUCGGUUGAUGGAGGAAAGGGAUGACAGCGAACCUUCCGACGAGGAAUUUGCUGCCUUUCCCAGUGAGGCCAGAUCAGUUGAGGAAACGGUGAAACACAUCCUGGAAAAAGAGGAUGGUGAGCCGCUAUUUGAAGCUGAUUUUGACACUCCCCCCGGUCAGCCGGAAGAGACUCCCACAGAAGACAGCGUUGACUUGCUUGGGCUGGGUUCAGAAGCUCCCCCCGAGCUGCUGCAGCCUCCUUCGGAGAUGAAGAGCUCCUCCAGCAACGCAGACUUGCUGAGCGAACUGUUUGUUGGCGGUGCCCCAGAGAGUUCGGAAGACUCUGCCGCGGACCUUCUAGGAGGAGGAGCAGAAUUCUUCUUUGGUGGCCAAGCACAGCCCUCUACGCAUCCCCACCAGAGCAGUGCCCCCUCGACGGGAGCCACCUCUUCUUCUGCAGCUGACCCGUUUGACCCAUUCACAGUGCCCUCGGGUUCCGACAAUCCGACUCUUACUGGUCCCGAUCUAUUUGGUGACUUCCUUAGUCCGAAUGAGCCAACCGCACCUGGUACAUUUCCUUCCACACACAGCGCACCACCACCUUCCUCUAGCACAGACUUCCUUAAUUUAGGGAAUUUGGCACCAGACCCACCUAAAAUGGCUUCCUCCGCAAGCCAGCCUGACCUCCUAGGUGGCUGGGAUUCCUGGGCAGAUGCCCCGGCAAUUAGCACUGCGGCGCCCGCACCACCAAAGAAGUCCACUUUGGAAGGCCCAGCUUUUACGACAGGAGGACCCACAAAUGCCACUUCAGGCCUUUCAUUCAGUCAAGCAAAAUCACAGAACUUUGACCCUUUUGCUGACCUUGCUAACCUGAGAACCGGCCUCCCAGGGGCUUCUAGCGGCGGAUUCUCAACCGGUAGUUUUGCUCCAAAGUCCACUCCCUCUCAGAAAGCAGGGAACCAAUGGCAGGCAAGCAAAACACAAUCUGCUAGCACAUCGUGGCAACCCCAGGCACAGCCAAAGGCGCCAGAACAAGCUAAGCCGAGUGCGCAGCCGAAAGCCAACUACAGUGUGAAUUUCAGUGUCAUUGGAGGACGAGAGGAGAGAGGCAUCAGGGCACCUGGCUUUGGACAAAAACCCAAAGUUUCAGAAAGCCAUUUUGAGGAUCUUUUGUCGAAUCAAGGGUUUGCAGCUAAAACCGACAGAAAAGGACCAAAGACAAUUGCUGAGAUGAGAAAGCAAGAAAUGUCUAAAGAUAUGGACCCUCUGAAACUAAAGAUUCUAGAUUGGAUUGAUGGAAAAGAGAGGAAUAUAAGAGCUUUAUUAUCUACUCUUCACACUGUGCUUUGGGAAGGAGAGACCAAAUGGAAGCAGGUCGGCAUGGCUGACUUGGUUACCCCAGAUCAAGUCAAGAAGUACUAUAGGAAGGCAGUGCUUGUCGUUCAUCCAGAUAAGGCCACGGGGCAACCUUACGAACAAUACGCCAAAAUGAUCUUCAUGGAACUGAGCGACGCGUGGUCAGAAUUUGAAAACCAAGGAUCAAAAUCACUUUUCUAAGAUGCUCCCUUUUUGAAAGCGGGGGUGGAUUUCAAAAUGUAUUUGCAGCAAAAACCGAAUCUUCUGAGUGCUGUUAUAGUGUCACCUCCUUAGGUUGAGGAGGGGAGGGGGGGCAGGGAACGUUUUCCCGGUUCUUGCACACUUUGAAUCUAUACACUCUCACAAACGGGGUGUGUCUUGUAGGACACAGUGCACAAAUGGCACUUUGGGGCCAUCGACACUCGGAAGGUGGUGCCCUGAGAGUGGAAAGUUCCAAGCCAUCUGAGAGAGGGUUUGAACACACAUGUAAUUUUAAUGAUGGCGGCUAGCGUGGGCAAGAUUUUCUAUGGGAAGCAUCAUCCAUUUCAAAUCCCUUUUGUGUGUGUGUGUGUGUUUUGUGUUCCCUUUGUUUGAGGAAACACCCAGCCUCAAUUUGCAUUUCUAUUCCCCCCCUCUAUGUAGUCUUUAUGAUUUGUCUUGGUUGUUUUUUUGUUUUCGUUUUCCUCUUUUUAAAUUUACAUGUUUGCCUUAUUCAAAGUGCUUUAGUUUACCUUAUCAGCUGUGAGUUUGCUCAGCAUCUCUUUUUCUGGUUUCUGUGCGAGGUGUACAUUUUUCUUUGGUAUUUCAUGUAAUCAUUCCGGUAAUCAUUCUGUAAAUAAUUAAAACAUUUUUUUUUCUGACAACACCUGCGUUCCUUACACUGCAUCAACAGUAGCUUAGCCAAAACAGUCCCAUUUGGUGGGGAAGAAAAGACAUGAAUGACUCUUUGAUGUGUUUGUGGUCGCCCCCCCAUUUUUUUUUAUAUAUAUGUAAAGAUGGAGGCAGAGUUUGGCUUUAAUUUAAGGAUUGCAUGGUCUUGUCCUAUUUAUUAUGAUCUCCUUUGAGGCAAGACUUUAAAUAUUUAUUCCAAAAUGUUUGUUUGAAAUUAUAUAUAUUUGCAUUGUCUCCUACUCUCCUCGAUGGUAUAUGUGCCUUCUGUUGGCAUAAUUGAAUUGUUAAGUUGGCAGGUUGACACAUAUGCUGAGACUUGAAUUGUGAGCCCAGUGGUUUACUUUUUUUUGCUUUUGAUAGGCUGAAAAGGAUAUGUGUUGCAUCACAUAGCUGCAUUUGGAAAGGUGUGUGUGCACUUUUUGCCAACCAGGGACAACUUCCCCCCACGUGUCUGAAAGCCUGUUGAUUCUGGAAGUUCAUGCGUGUGGAUCAAACAACAGGAUGAUGAUCUAUGUACUGUCUUGAAGCCUUGACAUAUCCCUGAAUAUACCAGCUAGUUCUAUGGUAAAGGAAAAUACACUGUUUGCCCGGUGAUUGGUCUCACCUAAAAAACGAAGAAUUGAGCACAAUAUUCUCUGCUGAGCAUCAAGACCAGCUCUGUAUUCAAUCAGCGAUAUGUUGUCUAGGUUGUGGUGGCAUCUUUUCAAUAUACAGUGUAGCUUUCAGGUGGAUUCCACUUUUAAAUCCGUCUGCAAGCCAAUCAAGGUUUAUUCAUUCUGGUUCUGCCACAGAGGAGAAUUCCUGGCAUUGUUAGGGAGCAGUGCUUUUUUCUGGCAAGCAGCUUUCUGAUCAAAGUUGGUACAAAGUUAGACCUCUCCUAUCCUUCCACCCACGCUGCAGCAAACAGAGACCUGCCAAAUUACUUGCUAAUUCUAUAGUAUUCUCAGUCAGUGCUGCUCUAUUCUGUAGAGAGUGGACUUAGAGGAGGCAGGGAAGAAAUGUACUUUGGGAUACAACCAGAGCGAUCAAACUCGGUCAUGCAACGUGGCUGUCAGCCUGGGGAAGAUGUCCAAGCCCAAAGAGAUAAUACUGAAGUGAAGAAUGUGUAUCAGUUACAACUUUUUGAAAAGAAUUUCCUUUCCCCCCCCUCAUGUGUGAAACUGCAGGUAUUUUUUCUCUCUCGUACUUUAUAAGGCCCUGGAAAGGCUGAUCAAGUGUGUGGCCAUUUCUUGGCUAUCUCCAAAAUAGCAUGCAUAAGCUAAACUACUCUUUAUUGACUCAUAGUUCACACAUACACACUUAGGUAGGCCAUAUUGAAACAAGCAGGCGCUUCAGCCUGUAACUGGUAGUCAUAGGUGUGAAAAAUAAAUGGGAUUGCACUUCACUUGGGGGCAGUGAGACAUCUGCUUUGUGUGCACAAGUGACAUCGGGCUCUGGAUUGCUGAAUAGGCUCUGAGCUUAGCUAUGGGCCUGUCUGUUACGUGUAGCUGAACCAACAUGGGAGUUGUGGAAGACAGGCUAUGUUAAGCUGCUGGGACAGAGGGAGAGAAUAGCCCUAGUAGAAGAUUCCAUGCAACUUCAGUUUUGUGGCCCUUCGUUGUUUAAGCACCCCUCAACAGAGUUUCUGUCCUUAACCUUGAUCAAACCAAAAUUUUAUCUUGGGAGGCGUUUGAAGCCACACUUCCUAGAUUCAGUCAGCAGGGUUGCUAACACAGCUUUUGGAUAUAAACCUGGAUCUUGAGCCACGCAAUUUCUGAAGGAACCAAGCGGCAGAAUUGGUCACACGGCGGAGAGAUCAUUAAGAACGGGGCAGAAAUGUUGUACAUUGAUGGCAGCCCAGCCCUUUAUGUUAGCAGUGGCGGCAGCAACAAGGAGAAAGCAUCGCAUACCUAUCCAAUUUGGCAGAACAAAUUCAGAGGGCACUGCAGUGCAUGUCACACACUGCUUUUCCCAGUUAGAUAGAUGCCCUGCUAUUCCUGCUUUCGCGAGAGAAUUCUGCUUUGGGUGAUUGGGCUGCAGAACAGCAUUUCAGCUGCCGUAUUUGGAUGUCCAAACCCCAAUCUCCCUGUCAUCUCUGUUGUGGACGUGGGCAUAAGUCUUGUGUGCAGUCAGCAUCGCAUAAGGAUGUGCUUUUUAACGUGUUCCUUGCGUCUGGUGCUUUGUGAUCAAUCCACCUCAGUAGUCUCUAAGCGGCUACAUUCACUCGAAGAGGCUGAUUCCUUCAAUAAUAACUCCAGUUAUGGACACAGACUUCAAGCCUGUCGUAUGGGACCAGUGUCUAUUUUUUUAUUAUUGCCUUUUGUUUGUCUCUCUCAGAAUGAUGAUGGGAGAAGGGGUGGGUUUGUGCAUGUGUGAACGAGACAUUUCAACAAACACAGGUCUGUCGUUGAAAAGGCAGCCCUGUGCCAGGUCCCACCCCUGUAAUCGGGAGCAAAAUGAUUUCCUCUUUCUUUCUGUGUGUUUCCUCACCAGCCAGUGGUGUGGGACAGAGAAGUGCACAGUGUGAUGUCAAAAUAUUGGCAAGGUUCUAGCAACACAAUAUUAGGAACUUGAUGCUUCCGGUUUCGAUGGCCAGCCUGUCUUCAAAGAGUGACUUCCAUGUUAAUCCUUCCCAUCUUGGUUCCUGCCAAAGAAAAACCAAUUGCGGUGACACCUGUGUGAACCAUCUCAAAAGUAAAGGCAGAACUUCCGGGAUAUUUUUAGGAUGAUCUCAACAACAGUGAGGACUACAGAUUUCUCUCCACACUAUGCCCCUGCUCCAGUCUCAGGCCUCAACUCAGAACUCUGCGGAACGUUUUAGAAACAGUUGAUAUUCUCUUCUCCCACCUCUCCCCGCCCCAGUGCUUUUAUUGUGGCUCUCACUUGUGGGGUGUAUCAGGGUUCUGUUCUCUCCCCCAUGCUUUUUAACAUCUACAUGCGGCUCCUGGGAGAGAUCAUCAGGGGGUUUGGGCUGGGUGUCCACCAGUAUGCGGAUGAUGCCCAGCUCUACCUCUCUUUCAAAUCAGAACCAGUGAAGGCGGUGAAGGUCCUGUGUGAGUGCCUGGAGGCGGUUGGAGGAGGGAUGGCGGCUAACAGAUUGAGGUUGAAUCCUGACAAGACAGAAGUACUGUUCGUGGGGGACAGGAGGCGGGCAGGUGUGGAGGAUUCCCUGGUCCUGAAUGGGGUAACUGUGCCCCUGAAGGACCAGGUGGGCAGCCUGGGAGUCAUUUUGGACUCACAGCUGUCCAUGGAGGUGCAGGUCAAUUCUGCGUCCAGGGCAGCUGUCUAUCAGCUCCAUCUGGUAUGCAGGCUGAGACCCUACCUGCCCGCGGACUGUCUCACUAGAGUGGUGCAUGCUCUAGUUAUCUCUUGCUUGGACUACUGCAAUGCGCUCUAUGUGGGGCUACCUUUGAAGGUGACCCGGAAACUACAACUAGCUAGACUGGUGACUAGGAGCGGCUGCCGAGACCACAUAACACCAGUCUUGAAAGAUCUACACUGGCUCCCAGGACGUUUCCGAGCACAAUUCAAAGUGUUGGUACUGACCUUUAAAGCCCUAAACGGCCUCAGUCCAGUAUACCUGAAGGAGUGUCUCCACCCCAUUGUUCUGCCUGGACACUGAGGUCCAGCACCGAGGGCCUUCUGGCGGUUCCCUCGUUGCGAGAAGCCAAGUUACAGGGAACCAGGCAGAGGGCCUUAUUGGUAGUGGCGCCUGCCCUGUGGAACACCCUCCCAUCAGAUGUCAAAGAGAAAAACAGCUACCAGAUUUUUAGAUGACAUCUGAAGGCAGCCCUGUUUAGGGAGGCUUUUAAUGUUUAAUAAAUUAUUGUAUUUUAUUUUUCUGUUGGAAGCCGCCCAGAGUAGCUGGGGAAACCCAGCCAGAUGGUUGGGGUAUAAAUAAUAAAUUAUUAUUAUUAUUAUUAUUAUAAUUAUUAUUAUUAUUAUAGAAUGGGUGUGUUUGUAAGAGUUCCACAGAAGUUCAGAGUUUCGUGGCUGCGUGAAAGGUGGAUAGAUCAUGCCAUUUGGUGAGGGAGAACACAUUUCUCGUUUAAAGGAAAAUCCAUUGUUUCAAAUGCUGCAGCCCGAGUGUAUCAUUUUAUUUUGAUAAAGUGGUUGGGCUGCUAGACCAGAUUUGAAGAGUUGUUUUGCACCUUUGGUGGUGGGUGGAAAUUUAUAGUGCCAUCUGCAUUGAGCACUCGGGUAAGAAGUACUUUAAAUGAGAUGAAUAUUGCUCCGUCCGUGUUAAUGGUUCUUUUACAGAGCAAUGUGAGAUGAAAGGCAGGUCCUUGCCCAGAUGUCUGCAGUCUGAAUUUCAGUAGUAAGAGAGGCAUUAGGAGAAUGGCGAAAGGGAAGGGUAAUAAGUGGGAGUACAGUCUUUAAUUUUGAAAGAAGGCACACCUGUUUUGAAGACUAUUUGGCUCUGGUAUAUUAUUGUAACACGGUAUCAAAAUAAAAGUUGCUUUGAAACAAUGGGCAAGGAGUGAAAUUUUCAGUUUAAGUUUUAAGCAGUUUUAUACUUCUCUGACUAUUUUAUUUUAAGGCCGCCUAUAUUGUGGUUUUGGUAAAAUACAAAUCUAUUUAAAUGUUACCAACUGGUGUAAAGGAUGUUUAUUUUAUUU